GCUUGGAAGAACAAUAAAAUCCAAGAAGAAACGUUAACUCCCUCGACAUGGCGAUAGCUUAGUCUUCGGCUUCAACUUCAGAUUACCAGAUUUAACUUUACCGAGUGAUGGGUUCAAUGCCGAGUCUAACUGAAUGAAAAUUCACAACCAAACACCCCAGGAAAAGACGCAGAUAUCUGCUUUUCAUCGAGUCCAUUCACGCUCCUUGCUAGUUUGCGGCGAAACCCCACUCUCUUCCCCUAUUCUCAAAGCUCUGUGCCAAUAUCUUCCUUUCUCAUUUUUCCAUCUUUCUCUAGAUCUUACCCUUCUCGCUCUAUUCGGUCCACUUUCAGUUUCGGACAUGUCCAUUCUGGACGUGCUGACGUUUUCGGCCAAGUAAGAAUUCUCUGCUUGUGUACAAUGCACUGCGCUUCAAAUCUGAAGAAUAUAAUCUGCAUCUGGACGGGAUCGGCGGGAUCGUUUCAACAAGUGUAUUGAAUCGGCUGCAAUGGGUUCGAACCAGUCCGCCCAAGUAAUCAAAGAGAACGACGAGGAAGAGGAAGAAGACGAUGAUGAGAGGAAUAUCAACGGUGAGAGGGAUAUAUUGGAAUCGGAUAAUCAUUUGUUGAAGAAAGUGUUGGAGCAAGAACCGGAGAUGCUACCGUGCCGUGCAUCAGCAUCGCCCUUGUCCCCGCAGCUUUCUUCCUUAGGAACGCCGCGGCUUGGCCCCUCCAUCAAGGUCUGGGAUCCUUACAAUGUCCUGGCUCCGCCGCCGCCUCUGCCGCCUCCUCCAGUGUUCUCGAGGAGAUUCUCCGCGAACGCAAUGGAUGAUGACCAGACGGAGGUGUAUCUGAUCAGCCAUGGAGAGUGUGAAUUGAGUUUGAGGCCGGAUUUGGUUGGGGGUAGGUGCCCUGGAGCGGCGCUGACGCCGAAUGGGAAGCGUCAAGCGAGGGCUUUGGCCGUGUUUUUGAAGUCGCAGGGUGUUCGGUUCAGUGCUGUGUAUUCUUCACCAUUGGAUCGGGCACGGUCAACGGCAGUCUCUGUCUGCAAGGAAGUCGAUUUUUCUGAGGAACAGAUUCAAUCAUCAGAUGCUCUUGAAGAGAUGAGUCAAGGGAAUUGGGAGGGAUGUUCUCGAUCAGACAUCUAUACAUCUGAGAUUUUGAGCAUAAUUGAUAGGUUCCAGCCAGAUUUCACAGCACCGUCUGGAGAAUCACUUAGACAGGUGGAAUUCCGGAUGAUUCACUUCUUAAAUGGAAUCCUGGGACUGCCUGGAAAACUGAGGUUAGAUCUCUCCUCACAUCCAAAUGAGAGCCAGGCAUUUGCACAGCACAGCUCCCAUUCUUUGAACAACUCCGUUCAUGACCAAGACGGAUCUCCUCUACAUCCAACCCAAUGGGAUUUACUCCACAGGCAUCAUCGACCAGGACUAUCAAGGAAAAAAUCUGGUAAGAGCAGGCUACAGUUUGUGACAACCACUGGAGAUGAGAUUGAAGAUGAAAUUUCUCCUAUUGAAGUGAACCACCAAACUUCCCUGCAUAAUUCAAGUUUCAGCAGCUUUUCGGCUCCUGUUUCACAUAUUGGCAUCUUCACUCAUUCGGUGCCAAUUAAGUGUCUCCUGACAGGGCUUCUUGGAUGCAGCCCUCUGAUGUCACAUAAGAUCUGCAUAGAUGAUUCUUCGGUGACUGUGUUGCAGCAUUCUUUGAAAACUGGUUGGCGGAUAAAAAGGCUCAAUGACACAGCCCACCUUAGGCUUCUUUAAUUAAAGGAAGUUUCAUUCACAGGAACCUGAAUUUCGAUGUUGCUUCGAUUUAUACAUUUAGCGUGGUUGUUGUUGCUAUUCGCUUGACUUGGCAGUUCUUGUUGUAGCCUUUUAAUUAAUCCUGCACUAGUCGACUCCCAACAAUAUGAUACAGGAGUUGAAUUGUUGUAUCAAUUCUUUUGAUUUGUGGCACUUGUCAAGUUGAUUUUAUACAUCUACAUGUUACAUAUGUAAUGUACUUCCAAGGGUGAAAUUUUGAAAUUGAAGAGCUUUGAUGAA